UAGCAAAAGCGGACAUGAGUGCAGCAAAAAAGGCAACACAACUUGCAAUAAUGGUUUUAAAAAGAGCUAGGGUCACAUCAGUCAAUAAGAGUCAGGACCGCCUAUCACUGUCUAAAGAUGUGUGGUUUCAAGAAUGUGCCCUGACAGAGAUGUGCUCAUUUCCUCACCAGAAACGACUCGGUUACAAAUACACUUGACACUGAUGGAGCUCAUGGCUGUGUAUCAGGAUCACGACAUCUACAGUUUCAUCAGAGUAAACUGAGAUCAAAUGUGGAACCAGCACACAUCAUCAGCGAUCAUGAUGGCCGUCAUCUGGUCCCCGGGAAUAAAUGAGAACUUUCUUCAUGAUGAAACCCUGCAGUACCUGCUCAUUCUGUGCUCCAAAGUAGCUCUCAACACAUUUGUUCUGACUUUCUGGAGGCACAGCAUUCUCAAGUCACUCCUGGGGCUCUGCAGUGUCUCUAUGUAUGUGGCAGACUUGCUGCUGGUCAGUGCUGUCACCAGCGCGUGGCUUUUCAAAGAACACCUACCCACCUCCACCUCGAUGUGCUUCAUCUUGGCUCAUGGAUCGACUGUCUACGCUCUGCUUCCUCUACCCAUACUCAUCGCUGGGGCAUUCGACUACGCCAGCUACCCAUACCUAAACGUUAACUCAAGCUCUCAGCGCAGGGCUGUAAGUUACUGCAUUGUGGUUGUGCUCAUGUGGACAUUAGCGUGCGGUUACACCUACAACUACACGGACACGCAACCUAUGGAGAUUUACAAAGACAACAUGAGAGUCCUGGUGUGUCGCGUUCAUGGAUCUAGUGUAGUGUUUCAAUUUAGUAUGCACUUAUCUAUUGCAGUGGUUCUCAUACUACUGAUUUAUUUUAAGAAGAUGAUUGGUUGGAUCAGAAGAGCCAAUAAACUGGCAGAGAAAGAUCAAAACUUCCUGUACAGUCAGGUUGGGGGAUGUGGAAACUCUGAAAUUCAAGAAAGUUCCCCUCCUCUAUUUGUCAGUCUGACUCUAGGUUUUGCAUUGAACUGGAUGCCCUACCUGUUGAUGUGUUUGGUAUGUGCCUUGGUGGGCUUUGUGGUGCCAGCUUAUGCCAGUGUCAAUCUUCUGUGGAUGGCCUGCGCCAACAGUGUACUGGCUGGCAUUGCCUUUUGGUUUAGGAGUGAUGGGAGUGGACCUUUAGGAAAAUUCCCAGAUGACACUUGUUUGUGGAACAUCUACUGGCACUUGAGCAAAGGAAACUCUUCAACUGUGGACGCACAGCUUACUACGAGAAUAUACAUAAUGGUUCACAACCCUGCUAUGACUUUUCGAGAGAUCUAGCCUAAAACGUUUGAAGGCUGGCAUGAUACUCUGCCUUGCAAUCAUACAUGUUAUGAGCAAGUUCAAAUCUAUAGCUGCGUUACAAACAUUGGGAGCUCCUUAGCUUGAAGUCACAAUGACGCAGAUAGAUGAAGCGACAGAUGUUUUCUUCGGUGUGAUGUACCUCUGAGUGUAACAGAAUUACUGGGGAAAAAUGUAGAAUGAAAGCUUGCUUCUAUCCAAUGAUUGAAUUCUGACAUGUGGGUGUUCACUCAAAAAUGAGUGAAGGGUUUAUUUAAUAAGACUAAAUGAUUGGAGAUGUCGGGCAUACAUCACCAAAGAGGUCAUUCUGAUUAAACAUUGUGCAGGGUUUCUACAGACAUGAACAAGUAUCAUUGCUGUAAUAUAUAUUUAUAACUACGAUAUACAGUGAACUUUUCAUGUCUGCAGACAAUAUUCCAUACUAAAUAUCCCUGCAAAAAACUUGAGAUUUUUGGUGGAGUAAACAAUUUAUUCUGAAGCAAUAUUUUCAUCAGUGUUCUAUCAGCUUUUGCAUACUUAAAUCUGCAUAUUUUUAUUUACCUUUACAACGCCCUAUUUUUAACCUUUUUAGAUGUACGCAUCAUCUAACAUGUCAAAUUAUAACAAUUUAUCAAUAAAUUCAAUUUACACUAAAGGGCUGCUACAAGUCAAAUUAAAUAAUUUACACUGCACAUAAUAAUAAUUACAACUAGAAUAAAUAAUGUUAUGAGUUUAAUGUUUUAAAUGCAUUUAUGAAUAUACAAAUAAGAAAUGUUGAGGGGGAAAAUGCAUGCUUUUCAACAUACUUCUCAACUAAACGACCAGUAAGUGCAGGCGGUAAGUCACUUACUGAGUGAAUCAUUGAGUCAUUCAUUCAACUGAUUGAGUGUGUUAUCAUGCUGGUAUCUUAAGGACUUUCGUGGACAGCUGACUCCUAAAGCUUUUCAUAUUCUGU